AUGAAUGAAUGUGCACCAAGUGCUUUUAUUCUGGCCCUCUCUGAAGGCCUCUCAAAUAAAGCAACCGAGCUCUUUCUGCAAAAUAAUGCCGAUAUUACGCGUGGUUGUGGUACGGAGUCAGCACUUGAGGUUGCAGCUUUAGGCGAUGCGGCCGAUGUUGUUGAAACUAUUAUCAACUUGAUGUCACAGCUUCCUGGGGACCACUACCAGAAUUCGAUUAAAAGGUCAUUAACCUUUGUAACCGUGGAGUCUGACUGGCCGCCUAAUUAUGAACUUGUGAAAAUGCUGGUUCAGGCUGGUGCUGAUACCAAUGCGACUUGCUCUGACACCCGGAAGACAUUACUUCAAAAGUCUAUUGAAGCAAGUGACAUUGAUGUCAUCAAAUUUCUGCUUGAACACGGGGCUGAAGUGAAGAUACCGGCGACAGAGGAGACAGGGACACCGUUGCAGGUCGCAAUAUUAUAUAAGCAAGUGGAAAUCGCACAACUUCUUGAGCAUGGUGCCGAUAUCAAUGCUCCUCCAUGCAAAAAGUGGGGUGCUACAGCGUUUCAGGCAGCUACACUCUAUCGGUAUUAUAGCCUUGUCCUAAGGCUGUUGGAAGACGGUGCUGAUGUUGCUGCCGCGCCAUCAGCUGUCUCCGGCAGAACAGCAAUAGAUGGAGCUGCUGAACAUGGUCGUCUAGAUAUACUGCAGCUGCUGUUGAAUGCAUAUGGGGACCGGCCAGAUUUGGCACUUGUCUGUAGCCAUGCUGCAUCUGUCGCAGAACGGGAAGGUCACAUAGGGAUAGAAAAUUUCCUUAGGAGCUACAAAGACUCCUAA